UGUGAUUGUUUGUGUGCGUUGCUCUCAUUCCAUUCCAUUCAUGAUGGCUUUGCAGCAUGUUAUGGGGAAUCGGUGCUUGAUUCCUCUCUUCUAACGUUCCAACCUCAUGUUGCUGCCUCUCUCUGCCAAAAACCGCAAUCUCAAAAUAACAAUAAAAUAGUCUUUUUCUUUUUAUUUUCAUGAAAGAAAAACAAAAGUGAAUGCCCUUUUCCUUCUGCAACGUCCUUUUUCCCUUUCUCUCUCUCUCUCUUUCUCACCUCUCACACACACUCAACCACAAAUACUUUUCUCAUAAUUCAAAAAACAAAAAACCAUGAUGUCCAGAAUGAACAACAACAAUAAUGCUUGGAUUCAAGAAGAAGAAAACAACAACACUAAUACUUCACCUUCUUCAUGGCCCACAAACCCAAAUUCAAACCCUAACACUCCUUCAUCACCUUCACCUUUUCUUCAAAACUUCUCUUCUUUCAAACCCAUGCUUGAAAUGGAUCAUGAAGAAGAAUGGUACAUGAUGAAAGACAUGGCUUUUUCACCUAACUUAGAUAACGUUCUUCUCCAAACCGUUGAUUCCGUUUCUUCCUCUUCAUGUUCUCCUUCUUCCUCCAUUUUCAACACCCUCGACCCUUCACCAUCACACCUUCAGCAGUAUUUUCUCUCUCCAAAUCAUAAACCUAUGAACAACGUUUCUUCUCUUCUCAACAAUAACAACAACAACAACAACAACCCUUUUGAUAUCCCUUGUGAAGUUGGUUUUCUUGAUCCUCAAGCUUCAUCUGUAGCUUCUUCGCUUCUGGGUAGUUUUGUUGAUUUCAGUUCCAAAACCCAUUUGAGCUUGCCCCAUUUGCCUCAAAACAAAGCCAACUUCAUGGGAUUUCAGAACUCUGAAGAGGGUUCUGGAAAGUCGGUUUUUUUGAACCGGUCCAAGAUUUUGAGACCGCUUGAUUCUUUGCCACCUUCUGGAACACAACCUACUCUGUUUCAGAAGAGAGCAGCACUGAGAAAAAACAUGGGAUUGGAAAUUGGUGGUGGUGGGAGUAGGAGCAAGUGUGGAAUUAGUGAAGGGAGUGAUAAGAAAAGGAAAUUCAGUGGUGGGGAUGAGAUUGAAGAUUUGAGUUUUGAUGGGUCUGGUUUGAACUAUGAUUCUGAUGAUUUGACUGAGAGUAACUAUAAUAAUGGUAAGAUGGAAGAGAGUAAUGUGAAAAAUUGUGGAAAUGCUUCCAAUGGUAACAGCACUGUCACUGGUGGUGUUGAUCAGAAAGGGAAGAAGAAAGGAAUGCCUGCUAAGAAUUUGAUGGCUGAACGUCGCCGGAGGAAGAAGCUCAAUGAUAGACUCUAUAUGCUUAGGUCCGUUGUUCCAAAGAUUAGCAAAAUGGAUAGGGCUUCAAUUCUUGGGGAUGCAAUUGAGUAUCUGAAGGAACUUCUGCAAAGGAUCAAUGAUCUUCAUAACGAGUUGGAGUCGACACCUGCUGGCUCUUCAUUGACACCUGUUUCAAGCUUUCAUCCUUUGACACCGACUCCACCUUCGUUGCCGAGCCGUAUCAAAGAAGAACUAUGCCAUAGCUCAUUGCCAAGCCCCAAUGGCCAACCUGCCAGGGUUGAGGUUCGGUUGCGGGAAGGAAGGGCUGUAAAUAUCCACAUGUUUUGCGCCCGCAAACCUGGUCUGUUGCUUUCAACCAUGAGGGCUUUGGAUAACCUUGGGUUAGACAUUCAGCAAGCUGUUAUAAGCUGUUUCAAUGGAUUUGUUAUGGAUAUUUUUCGAGCCGAGCAAUGCAAAGAAGGUCAAGAUGUUCAUCCGGAGCAAAUCAAAGCAGUACUCAUGGAUUCAGCUGGCUUCAAUGGAAUGAUCUAAUUAAUUAGUUUUGGCAACAAUCAAACCAGUACUUCCAUUUCAAACAGUCAAUUUAGCCAAGUUUUUUUACUUUUUAAUGGCUACCAUUCAAGUGUAUUGUGACUUCAGUUUAAGUUAAAUUAGAAGAAAUUUUCACAUGAAUGAAUUUUUCCUCUUUUAACAGCA